AUGAGCCGUGAGAGAAUGGAUGCAAAGCAACACCUUAUCAUAUUGUUGUGUAACCAAGGUCAAGAUUCUCACUCAGAUACUGGGUCAGCAACCACUGCCAACAGAGCUGAUGGAUUUUCACACCCAACUGACAAAGUGGUUCCAUCCUCACUCUCUGACAACCCACCUUCUCUCACCAUGCAUCAAGACCUAACAACAUCAUCCCCAGCCCACUCUGGUGGACAGCAAACUCAAGCUGACAACUCCAAAUUGCAGACCAAGCAAUCUCUGCCAUAA